UUUGAAUUCUGUUUCUUCUGUCUUUGGUCAUUCUUGCAACCAAAUGCCAAAAUAACUAAACAAAUUGUUUUUUUGAUAAUGCUACUUUGAAAUAAUUUUAUAAAUAUCAUUUGUUACAGGAGAUAGAUCUUCUGAUUUGUUGCAUUACAGAAACAAUAAUAUCUCAUAACCAUGGCAGAUAAAUUAACUUUGGAUAGACAAGCAAUGAAAGACCGGUCUACAUCACAUCUAAGAAUAUACGUUGGUAGUCUACCCGAUAAUAUUACAACUGAAGAUCUCUAUGACCACUUUAUAACAUAUGGGCAAAUUAAUGGUAUUGUCAUAAAUAGAAAUUUUGGUUUUGUUCAAUUUGAGGAGGAAUCAAGUGCUCAGGAUGCUAUAGCUAAGGCAAAUGGUACCAUACUUCAAGGAAAAACGUUGACUGUUAGAACGGCACAGCAAAAUACUGAUAAAAGAAAUACAGCAGAAGUAGUAGUGGUGCAUCCUGAGAAACCGCCAGCAGUAGUACUCACUGAUACCCACCUUACUAGCAACGAUGAGCCAAGUGAAGACCCAUAUGACAACUAUGGCAACUAUGUUGGGGAUCAAGCAGGUUACAGAGAUGAAGAGUAUGAUGAGGGUUACAACCAGAAUUGGAAAGAAAGUCGAGGCGGUGCAAGGGGCCGGGGCCCAGCCCGCGGUCGCGGAUGGGGAGGCCGCGGCCGCCAACCUAAUUUCCGAGAGCGCUCUCCUCCACCUGUCAGAGGCGGUGAAUGGUCAGAUCGCGGUGGUUACGAUAGAUAUCCACAAUCGCGGCCAGACUACCCCCGUGCCUUGCCUGUCUCCGAGAGAAAUGACUGCGAAAUUAUUGUGGUUUCCAAGGCUCUCACAGAAUAUGCUGAAUAUAUCGAAGGUCGAUUAAAACGUCUCGGUAUAGUUGUGGACCUCCUAUUUCCUAUGGAAGAUGUGCCAAUUGGAAAAGUAUUAGGCAACAUAGCGUCUAGAGGCUGCUUAUACGCCAUCCUGGUCAUGCCACAAAACCAAGAACACAGAUCAUUAACAUUGACUAUUUUACAUGGUUUACCACAAGAACAUCGCAACAUGCCAUUAGAGGAUGCGCUGCAACUGAUAUCUAGAAAUUUCCAAGAAGUACAACGAGGCGGCCCAUCGGGACGGGAAGCUGUCUAUGCGUUAUUGGGACAGUUAGCUGACGGCCGCACGCUCACUGUUUUACAGUAUGACAAAGUUAUAGAAUAUUUACAGGAACGCAAGAACCAACAAAUAAAAAUUGAGCUGGGCGAACCACUCACACCAGCGCCAGCCACGACCAAAACUCAAGUAGAUCUCCAAGAAAGAAUCUUAAGCAUCCUGAAUGAUAAAAAGGUAUCGUCUCAAAAGGAAGCUGCGCCGACGCCACCACCGGUGGCUGCCCCACAAGGAAAUCAAAGCACCCUUCUUAAAGACCCUACAGUUAGAAAAGCUUUGGACACUAUACUCAAAAAAUUUACAUAGUUCUAGUUGUAAUCUUAAAUCUUAUUUUAUAUAUACCUCUAAUUAUAAGUGUCAAUGCGGAUUUUUGAUGGAAAUGUUCUAGCAGUGAUACUAUGAAAAAAAAAAAUCUAAAACCUAAUGAAAAUUGACGAAUUUUCCAUUUCAAAAUAAAAUAAAGCUGUAAGUUUAA